AUGCCAUCGACUACGUUCGUCCCGGGGGGGGAACCUCGUCGACGUAGGGAACAGGGGACGAGGGACGAGCACGAGGGGAGCGACGAGAGGCCCAAGUCUGAGAAGGAGGAGGGGACAACGAAGACUGAGAUCGAGGGAAAACAGCUGGAGAGGGGUCAGGAGGAGGAAGCGGAGGACCCGAGGCGGGAGGAGAUGGGGAGGAGGAAGGAGAGCGGGAGGGGAGACCGAGGGCCCGAAGACCAGAGACAGGAGGAGGAGGCUGCUGCUGCUGCUGCGGCGGUGGCGGCGGCGGCGGCGGCUGCUGCUGCUGCUGCGGCAGCGGCUGCUGCUGCUGCGGCGGCGGCUGCUACUGCUCCUCCUGCUGCUGUAGCGGCUCCAGCUCCUGCGCCUCCUGCUACUGCGGCGGCUCCAACUCUAGCUGCUCCUCACGGGCACGGCGAACAUGAGCCUGGUGCCGGGUCGGGUAGGGGUGGGGGGGAGGAGUAA